UGGCCCAAUGCUUCACAAACUGUAAACAGUUUCAACGAACAUGGCGAUCCCCGUACAGAGCAUGACAGGGAUAAGUAAUGCUCGUUUGAAUGUGGAAAUGAACACAACAAGUUUUCAGAAAAAAUCUAGGAGCAAACUCCUCUCCAUCCCGGGGACCAGACCUUCUUUUCAAAAUGGACAGCUUCUCGUGUCCACUGGAACCACAUCUCUCGAUUAUGUGAUAGGUGGUGGACUGGCUGUUGGUACACUGCUGCUUAUUGAGGAAGAUGUAUUUGACAGUUAUUCUCAUAUGUUACUGAAGUAUUUCUUGGCAGAAGGCAUUGUUUGUAGUCAUUCAUUUUUAAUUGCCUCUGCUGGGGAGCACCCAGAUGACAUCUUACAGGGACUCCCUGCUCCUGUGCUUGAUGAUGUACCAAAAGAUGAAAUAGGAAAGAUUAACCAAAGAAGAGAAAAUGAUGUUAGUGAAGAAUCACAAGACUCUAUGAAGAUAGCUUGGCGUUAUCAGAACCAGCCAAAAGUUCAGACUGUUUUAGCUGCAUCAUCAAGAUUUGGACACUAUUAUGAUGCAUCAAAGCAAAUGAGUGCAGAAACUUUUGAAUCUGCAGAAUAUUACCCGUUCUAUCUUCCUGCUGAGGUGCAUUUAAAAUAUUCGGUGUCAAGCAAUAUUCACAUUGGCUAUAUCAAGCUGCUUCGAUUUAUCCAGGGAGUCAUCCACAAGGAAGGAUUUGACAGAGCUUGUCCCCAGAGUAAAACAAGAAAUAUCCUAAGGAUUGGAAUUCAUUCACUAGGAUCAGUACUUUGGGGUGAUGACAUCUGCUGUAAAGAUGACCCACUUUAUGCUUACAGUUUGACAAAAUUUCUUUAUGGACUUCGUGGUUUGCUCAGAACAUCACUUUCUGUCUGCAUGGUCACAGUGCCUUCUCAUCUUAUUCAGAACAAAGCAAUUAUGGGACGUGUAACAAACUUGUGCGAUACUGUCAUUGGUAUUAAAUCAUUUAAUGGUUCAGAGAAAGAUGCCAACGAUUUAUAUAAGGACUAUCAUGGUUUGGUAUGUGUGAAGAAGAUUCCUUAUCUCAAUAGUUUAAUAUGUGAACUUCCUGACACAAGAGAUCUUGCCUUUAAACUGAAAAGAAAGCAGUUCACUAUUGAGAGACUGCAUUUGCCUCCAGACUUGUCAGACACAGUGAGCCGGUUGAACAAACAGGAUCUGGCAGAAUCCUCCAAACUGCUGAGAAUGGGAUGUGGCGCUGCGGCCACAGGCAAGAAACACCUGGACUUCUAGGGAGUUUCUGUUAACCAUUUCACUUGCAAUUUGAAUGACAGUCUAAUUAUGGCUACUGAUUUCAUUUACAGAGUAUAUCAUAUGAAUCAGUGUUCCUAUGUAACUAGAACAAGUAUCAAGCUGUUGUAAAAUAAAAAUUGUUUGUGGUUUAUUUAGCAUUUUAUAUGAAAAAUAGUCUUAUUUUAAUUUGUACUUUCUAUUUUUUCUUUUAUUUUGUUCUAAUUGUUUCAGAAAGGUCUAUGGUUUGUUUAUGUCUUCAGUUAUACUGAAAGUAAUUAAUAUAUAAAAUAUGAACUUCUGCAAUUCCAUUAUGUUUUCAACAUAAUUAUUUAAUGACAUAGAUGAAUUUAAAUCUCGGAACUGAAGUAGAAUUCUACACGUGAAAGAAUGUAUCAGUCUAGACUGAUUGUGUGGGUUUGUGAUAAUAAAACUGCAGUGAGAUAUCAGAAAUAGCUAAAUUGUUUUAGGGAAUUUCAAGAAUGUGACUUUGUCUUUAAAUGCAUAUACAAAAUUAAGUGUUUAAGGCAUUUCUAUUUUUUAAGAAAGACAAACAAGAUUACAUCCUAAGUGUUAACAGAAAGAUGGCUUAUAGAAACAGGUCAGAGUUUGCACCCUAUGGCAAUAUGAGCAAUUAAGAAAAGAAUGAACAUUGUUGGGGUAGAUGUAAGGUCAUCAUCCUUAUGCUACCUGACCUACAAUUCACCUCUGUAAUUCUCAGUACCGGUAAUACCCCAAUGUGCUAAGCCUAUAUAAUACAUAGGAGAAUAUGUGUGAACUUUAUCUUCUUAGGGGCCAGGAGAUCAUUAGAAAGUUUCAGUCUGGAAAUUGAAGUAAACCUUGUAUAAUUAUUUUCAAAUUAAAGAACUGUUUUUGUAUGUAUUUUUAAUAAUGUUACCUACUAGCAGUA